GAGAAGUGUCGGAGCUUCAUUGAUCUGGCCCCGGCGUCGGAGAGAGGUGUGUUGUGGUUGUCGGUGGUGUCGGAGGUGCUCUACAUCCUGCUGCUGGUCGUGGGCUUCAGUCUCAUGUGUUUGGAACUUUUCCACUCCAGUAACGUCAUCGACGGACUCAAACUCAACGCCUUCGCCGCCGUCUUCACCGUCCUCUCCGGUCUUCUGGGUAUGGUGGCUCAUAUGAUGUACACUCAGGUGUUCCAGAUCACCGUCAGUCUGGGUCCUGAAGACUGGAGGCCUCACAGCUGGGACUAUGGCUGGUCUUUCUGCAUGGCCUGGGGCUCCUUCACCUGCUGCAUGGCCGCCUCCGUCACCCUCAACUCCUACACCAAGACGGUCAUCGAGUUCCGCCACAAACGGAAACUGUUCGAACAGGGUCUGCGCGAGGAGCAGAAACUACCUGACCAGGAGGCCUUCCACUACUUCCGGGACCGAUCCCUCCAGUCCAUCUCCAGCACCGUGGAGGUCUACCCGGGACACGGAGGGACCAGGGCCGGGAUGGGGGGCGGCGGUCCGGGUCCGGGUCCGGGCCUGGGACGUGGGAAGAUGAGAGCCACGUCGGCCUCCAUAGACCUGGGCGAUAACACGGACUCGUUGGGGGAGGAGCAGUGCUGAGAGGGGGAGGAGCUAACGACAGUUAAAGAGGCGGACUGUACCUUUAAGUCUGGACUGGCCUCAGGUUUUCCCGCCAAAAACAAAAGCACAGCCGUCCUUAUUUUCUGUUUAAUGAAG